AUCCAAUCAGCAAGCAGCGCGCGCACAAAGUCUGGACUUGGAUCAAAGUACGCGACGCUGAGGCGACCUGUAGGCUUUGGAGCCUGUGUCUCCGUGACGGCUGAGAAAAAUCACAAAGCACAUGAAUCAGCAAGGAUUAGAUCCAGGUAGUACUACAGAUAUGGAAGUUGUUACAGAUAUUGAAGAAGAACUUAUUAAAGCAUGUGAAGAAAUGUGGAAAGACAUGGAAGAGUGUCAGAAUAAAUUAUCGCUUAUUGGAGCUGAGACACUCAGUAAUUCAAAUGCUCAGCUAUCGUUAUUAAUUAUGCAAGUGAAGUGUUUGACAGCUGAACUCAGUCAAUGGCACAAAGAAACACCUGAAAUAACUCCUCUGACUGAAGAUGUUCUGAUAACAUUAGGGAAAGAAGAGUUCCAAAAAUUGAGUCAUGAUCUUGAAAUGGUACUAUCUACUAUUCAGUCAAAGAAUGAAAAUUUAAAAGAAGAAUUGGAAAGGGAGCAGCAGUGGUUGGAUGAACAGCAAGAAAUAAUGAAAUCUCUUAAUGUAAUAUACAGUGAAUUGAAAAAGCAAGUCGUAACAUUUUCUGAAUCCAGAAUCUUUAAUGAACUCAAAACUAAAAUUCUUUAUAUAAAAGAAUUUAAAGAGAAACUUUUGAUUACCUUGGGUGAAUUUCUAGAAGACCAUUUUCCUCUGCCUAAUGGAACUCUCAAGAAAAAAAAGAAAAACAUUCAAGAAGCAACUAAACAGCUGAUAACACUGCAUGAAGUGUUAGAGAUUCUUAUAAAUAGAUUAUUUGAUGUUCCACAUGAUCCAUAUGUCAAAAUUAGUGAUUCUUUUUGGCCACCUUAUAUUGAGCUGCUGCUGCGUAAUGGAAUUGCCUUGAGACAUCCAGAAGAUCCAACCCGAAUAAGAUUAGAAGCCUUCCAUCAGUAAAAAGAUGGUUUCUUUUCAGACAAUAAAGAAUCUUGUCAUCCAAAGAUAAUGGAAAUUUAGGACUAUUUGAAUAAGGAUUAUUAUUUGCAAAUCAAAGCAAUAGUCCAUCUUUCUUUUAUCCUUAGAUGACACAUACUGCCAUCUAUUCAUUUUUAAAGUGGUCUUUUCUGAUUCAUUCAAUUCUUUGGUGUUUUAAACUGUAUGGGCAAUAGUGUAAGUAAAAAUAUUCUAGAUUUAUAAAACAUUUGAUGUACUUUGUCUCAUCCAAUAGUCUUAAAAAUUCUUUUGUUAACUUACAAUACAUUUAAUAUAAUUUUUAAAAAAUUUAUAAAAAUAUCUUUUAUGCCUCGUGUUCCAUUUGAUGCAUAAUACCUUUAUAUUUUGGAAUUAUAAUGGAAAGAUUAUUUAAUUUGUAAAUGGUUUUAAAGUUGAAGUAAUAUCCAAUGUAGAAAGUGGCUUAAAUUAAAAAUAUUUAGCAAAAUCUCAUGUGUAUUACUUUGUUUCUAUAUUUGUUUAAAAAUUGGAAUUAUAA